GUUUACCCACCCAAGUGAACUUCAAGUUUGGCUAUAAACAAGGGAAGCAUGCGCUCAGAAGAGUUGGGCAUGCAAUAACAAAACCAUGAAGUUUCUGACAACAGUUCUGGUCGGAUGUUUUCUGCCGUCGAUUUUGGUAGUGGAAGGUAAUAACGACGGUAUGGAUUUACCGUCGUGCGAUUUCCCGGCGGUAUACAACUUCGGCGAUUCAAACUCCGACACUGGCGGGAUAGCAGCCGCGUUUUUCCCCACGAUUGAACCUUUCGGCGAGACUUACUUCCAUAGACCCACCGGAAGAGCCAGCGACGGCCGCCUUAUCAUCGACUUCAUCGCUGAGCAUUUGGGAAUACCGCACCUGAGUGCGUACCUGGAUUCGGUCGGAACUUCUUACCGGCACGGCGCCAACUUCGCGACAGGCGGAGCAACCAUUCGACGGCAAUACGAGUCGUGGUUCGAGAACGGAGUUAGUCCGUUCCCUCUCGACAUUCAAGUGGAGCAUUACACUCAGUUCAAAGCCAGAACAUCCUACUUCUAUAACCAAGCUAAGGAAGAAACCGAUAGGGCCAGGCUGCCGGUGCCGGAGCACUUCUCAAAGGCACUUUACACCAUGGAUAUAGGCCAAAACGACCUAGCCGCCGGAUUCCGAAAGAUGAAUAUGGAACAACUCCACGCCGCCAUUCCCGACAUCGUAAACCAGCUAACUGCACAAGUUCGCGAUUUGCACAAUAAAGGGGCGAGGAAUUUUUUGAUACACAACACGGCUCCGAUCGGGUGCUUGCCUGUAUCAACGACGAAAAUCCGAGAUCCGAAGCCGGGGGAACUGGAUGAACAGGGAUGUGUCAAAGCUCAGAAUGAAGCCGCCAUGGAGUUCAACAGACAGCUCAAGGACAGUGUCGUUAAACUACGAGCAGAGCUCUCGCAAGCUGCACUAACCUAUGUAGAUAUGUACCAUGCCAAGUACGAAUUGAUCAAACGUGCAAAGAACCAAGGAUUUGAAGACCCAUUCAAGAUCUGCUGUGGAUAUCAUGAUACCAGAAACGAUGUUUGGUGCGGGCACAGGGCGAAGAUAAACGACACUGAGGUUUAUGCAGGAUCCUGUGAGAAGCCAUCUGCGGCUGUCAGCUGGGAUGGCGUGCAUUACUCGGAAGCUGCAAACAACUGGGUUGCUAGUCAGAUUGUGAAUGGCACAUGGUCGGAUCCUCCGAUCCCCAUUACAAAAGCUUGUCACAGGCUGACCCUCGGAUAAUGAAUGCAAGUUUCCUGAUCAUCCUGAAAAGAGCUUAUCAAAGGCAAAUGUAACUUGAACAAAGUUUCUCCGUGUGCUGUACAUAUACGGCUACAAAUACGGAGCGAAUUGUAUUACUUGAACAUUACAAUGCCAGGAUAGUUGAUUAAUACAACAAUGUCUGUCGUUUGAGCUA